AUGAGUACGAUAUUUCGCAGCGAGGAGAUGACUUUAUGUCAACUCUUCUUGCAACCUGAUGCGGCUUAUGCUUGUAUAUCAGAAUUGGGAGAAUUGGGAAUUGUACAAUUUCGUGAUUUGAAUCCAAAUGUUAAUUCUUUUCAACGAAAAUUUGUAAAUGAAGUUCGACGAUGUGAAGAAAUGGAACGAAAACUUCGAUUUCUUGAAACGGAAAUAAAAAAAGAUGAAUUACCGAUAUAUGAUCCCGAAGAUAAUCCUGAUGCACCAAAGCCUCGUGAAAUGAUCGAUCUUGAAGCAACAUUUGAAAAAUUGGAUCAUGAAUUAAAAGAAAUAAAUACAAAUGCUGAUGCACUUCUUAGAAAUUUCAAUGAAUUAACUGAAUUAAAACAUAAUUUACAAAUGACUCAAGGAUUUUUUGAUGAGGCUCAAGCUAAUCCAGUUGGUGUUUUGGAAGAUAUAUCUGCUGAACGAGAAAUUGAAUUAGGUGGACAAUCAACAGCGGCUGCUGGAAUGAAAUUAGGAUUUAUAACUGGUGUUAUACCACGUGAACGUAUGGUUACAUUUGAACGAAUGUUAUGGAGAGUUUGUCGUGGAAAUGUUUUUGUUAAACAAGCUGAUAUUUCUGAUUUAAUUGAAGAUCCUCUUACGGGUGAAAAAGUUCAUAAAACAGUAUUUGUUGUUUUCUUUCAAGGUGAACAAUUAAAAAAUCGUGUUCAAAAAAUUUGUGAAGGUUUUCGAGCAAAUAUAUAUCCAUGUCCAGAAAAUCCUUAUGAACGUCGUGAAUUAGCAAUGGGUGUAAUGACACGUUUAGAUGAUUUAACUGUUGUUCUUAGUCAAACUCAAGAUCAUCGUCAAAGAGUUUUAGCAGCAACAUCAAGAAAUCUUCGAACAUGGCAAAUUAAAGUUAAAAAAAUCAAAGCAAUUUAUCAUACAAUGAAUAUGUUUAAUAAUGAUGUUGCAAGAAAAUGUUUUAUUGCGGAAUGUUGGGCACCAGUUUCCGAACUUGAUAGAAUUCAAUUAGCACUUAGAAAAGGAUCUGAAGCAAGUGGUGGUGAAACAGUUUCAUCAGUAUUAAAUCGAAUGAUAACUCGUGAACAACCACCAACACAUCAUAAAUUAAAUAAAUUUACACAAGGUUUUCAAAAUUUAGUUGAUGCAUAUGGUGUUGCAACAUAUAGAGAAAUAAAUCCAAUGCCAUUUGUAUUAAUAACAUUUCCAUUUUUAUUUGCUGUUAUGUUUGGUGAUGCUGGUCAUGGUAUUAUUGUAUCAAUAUUUGCUAUUUGGAUGGUUUUAAAAGAACGUUCACUUAAAGAUAAAUGGAGAACACAAGAAGUUUGGACUAUUUUUUUUGGUGGAAGAUAUAUUAUUUUAUUAAUGGGAUUAUUUUCAAUUUAUACAGGACUUAUUUAUAAUGAUGUUUUUUCCAAAUCUAUAAAUAUAUUUGGAUCAUCAUGGAGAGUUAAAUUUGAUGAUAAAACAUUAAUUAAAAUUGAUUCAGUUAUAUUAGAACCAAAUCCAACUCCAUAUAAAGAUCAUACACAAACAUAUGAACAAAUGUAUUCUGCUAAUCCAUAUUUAUUAGGCAUUGAUCCAAUUUGGCAACUAUCUGAUAAUAAAAUAACAUUUACAAAUUCUGCAAAAAUGAAAUUUGCAAUUAUUAUUGGAAUAAUUCAAAUGGGUUUUGCUGUUAUUCUUAGUUUAUGGAAUCAUCUUCAUUUUAAACAUUAUCAUGGAAUAUUUGUUGAAUUUCUUCCUCAAAUAAUAUUUUUAGCUUGUAUUUUUUUUUAUUUAAUUAUAUUAAUAUUUUAUAAAUGGACAAAUUAUGAAGGAAAAGAUGCAACAGAUGCUCCAUCACUUCUUAUUCGUAAAGAUGAAAUAUUAACUAAACAAGGUAUUGAUACAGUUCAAUUAGAACCAACUCCAUAUAAUAAUACAAAAUCUGCUGAAUAUCAACAAAUGUUUAGUGGUACACCAUAUCCAUUUGGUCUUGAUCCUAUUUGGCAAUUAUCAGAAAAUAAAAUAACAUUUACAAAUUCAGUUAAAAUGAAAUUUGCAAUUAUUAUUGGAAUUAUUCAAAUGGGUUUUGGAGUUUUUCUUAGUUUAUGGAAUCAUUUACAUUUUAAUCAUCGUUAUGCAAUAUAUCUUGAAUUUCUUCCUCAAAUAAUAUUUUUAUCAUGUAUUUUCUUUUAUUUAAUAAUAUUAAUAUUUUAUAAAUGGACACAUUUUGAUGGAAGUGUCUCAACACAAGCACCAUCAUUACUUAUUCAAUUAAUAAAUAUGAUAUUAUUAUCAUAUCCAUCGGAACCUGAAAGUUCAAGAACAUUUUAUAGUGGUCAACAAGGAAUUCAAACAGCUCUUAUUAUACUUGCUGUUAUUUGUAUACCAUGGAUGCUUUUAGGAAAACCAAUUUAUAGAAUUAUCAUGAAUAAACGACGAGCUAAUUAUUCAACAGUAGCAAAUCAUACAGAACAUGUUGAACAUGAUAUUGAAGAACAAACACAUGAACAUGAUUCAUCAAAAAAGAGAGGCAUUGUGCUUGAUGUUGAUGUACGGGAUACAGAUACUGAUGAAAUGCUUGAUGAUGAACAUUUACACCAACAACACCAUCAAACUGAAGUUGAAAUGAGUGAAGUAUGGGUUGAACAAGGAAUUCAUACAAUUGAAUAUUUUCUUGGUUGUAUAUCUCAUACAGCUUCAUAUUUACGUCUUUGGGCGUUAUCAUUAGCUCAUGCACAAUUAAGUGAAGUAUUAUGGCAAAUGGUAUUACAUAUUGGAUUAUCAAUGAAUGGUUAUAUUGGUUGCAUAGCAUCAUUUCUAGUAUUUAUGCCGUGGUCAUGUUUAACCGUAUUUAUAUUACUUUUAAUGGAAGGACUUUCAGCUUUUCUUCAUGCACUUCGACUUCAUUGGGUUGAAUUUCAAUCGAAAUUUUAUAAAGGUGAAGGUUAUCCAUUUAUUCCAUUUUCUUUCCGACUUUUAUUAGAUGAAGUUCCUAUUGAAGGAUAA